AUGGGUAAUAGGUCAAGUAAAUGUUGUACCUGCAACGAGGAUGAGACCACAGCCGCUGACUCUGUAGACGCCAAUCACGGCUUUACCGAGCACGACAGACGGGCUAUCGCGGGAGGAGCCUCUCGAGCUGUUGACUACAGUAUCGAGGAAUGGGCGUCCGAUGUGCAUGUAGAUGCUUCUGGGACUACCUGGUUUGAUGCUGAAGAAUCAUUCUGUCGAGAACGGCAUCCGGUCCGCUGCCCUCCUACUCACAGUCAUGAUCAGUAUGAUGGACGACGACAUGGAGGGAAGCAAGCUUGGGCGGCUGAAGGAGUAGAG